CUACUACUACCCGAUGGAGACGUCGUAAGGCUGGAGAGGCAAACCUCUGGGUUUGCGACCUUAGGUCUCGCUUUCCGGCCAGCACAGAGAUCCCUGAAGGCUGGUUGGGUUUGGUGAGGCCUGAGGAAUAGCUUCUGCAGUUUCUGAGAAGCCCUGCUCAACACAGGAUGGACCCUGUGGUCUUGAGUUACAUGGACAGUCUACUGAGACAGUCAGACGUCUCACUAUUGGACCCUCCAAGCUGGCUCAAUGACCAUAUUAUUGGGUUUGCCUUUGAAUACUUUGCUAAUAGUCAGUUUCAUGAUUGCUCGGACCAUGUGUGCUUCAUCAGCCCUGAAGUCACCCAGUUCAUUAAGUGCACCAGCAGCCCUGCAGAGAUUGCCAUGUUUCUUGAACCCCUGGAUCUUCCCCACAAAAGAGUUGUAUUUUUAGCCAUCAAUGAUAAUUCCAACCAGGCAGCUGGAGGUACCCACUGGAGUUUGUUGGUUUAUCUCCAGGAUAAAAAUAGCUUCUUUCAUUAUGAUUCCCAUAGCAGAAGCAACUCAAUCCAUGCAAAGCAGGUAGCAGGGAAACUGAAGGCGUUCUUAGGGAGCAAAGGGGACAAACUGGCCUUUGUGGAAGAGAAAGCGCCAGCUCAGCAGAACAGCUAUGACUGUGGGAUGUACGUGAUAUGUAACACUGAGGCCUUGUGUCAGAGCCUCUUUAGACGGCAGCCGGAGUCCCCACUGCAGCUGCUCACCCCGCCUUACAUCACAAAGAAGAGGGGAGAAUGGAAAGAUCUAAUUGCCAGACUUGCUAAAAAAAAAACAGCAGCUACUGAAGACCGCUUGUGAUGCUUGAGGUCUCCUCUUUCCGCCUUUCCCUGUGGUGGCAGCCUCAGUGCCUGAGGGAAAAACACUAGUAGAUGAAAGUUUACUUUCCCUGCUGCUUUGUUAUUUUGAAAGAAUGUCAUCCUCUGCAUUAUCUGAAUGGGAAGUUUCACUUUAGCCCUGAGGAGAGCAGUGUGUUCUGGGAAACGUCUUGACCUUCUCUACCAACCCCUUUUUAAAAACCACUCGUUACACAGUGUCUCUCUUCCUCAUUGGCUUAUCCCAAAGAAGAAGCGAUGUAAUAAAGCAAACCAAUAACAUGAAAUCUAAAGACAUGUGUGAAGAAAACAGCAGAAGAACCAAAAUCUUGUAGCACAGCCAUGGUGAGAGGUGUCUGACUGGAAAUGGAUUCUGACCUAACUCCAUUUAUGGCCUUUGUAUCAUAAAAACUAGGUGUUCUCUCAUGCAAAGGCUUUCCCAUCUGCAAGUAUUUAAUAAAGAUGAUUUUAGCUCAUCUUCAUCUGAUGAUGCUUUCAGAAAUGUUUAAAGCGAGUCCAAGACAGCCAGGCAGAGCUGUUGUUACACGGAGAAAUGCUGUCUCGGAAAAAAGAAAAGAAACAGAAAGAAAGAAAUGCUUUAAGAAAGGGGAAACUUCAUUAAAAUAAGUGGCUGUGGGCUGGGGACAUAACAUUGAGGUAAAGUGCCUGAUGUGGUGUGCCAGAAGCCCUGGUCUCAAUUCCAACUUGCAGUUAAAAAACAAAAACAAAAAACCCACUGGGGUGUGCUGUGUCUCUUGGUC